GCAGCGCCUCUGUUGUGGAGGAGAAACUCCUCCUUCCCGGUGACAGGCGGCAACGCCGAAGCCUCGCCUCGCCGUUUUCAACACAACCUGGCCUCUGGACUUAUUAAUGCAGGAUCCUUCAUACUGAAGGAGUUGGAGCAGCCCUUUAAGGCAUCCACUGCUGCACUUUAAGAAUUCCAGCUGGUUGCUACUUGAUUAACUGCUCACUGGAAAGUGCAGAGCUCCACGCCUGGAUCCCAGGAUCGUCUCUCCUCCCAGAGCUGUCACAGUUACUACAGCUCUAUCAAUGAAGACAGCAAGAAUGUGACUAUGCUGGACUUGAUCAGAACCGUGCGGCCUGCUGUUAUGGAUUCAAAAAAAAGGACACAUUGAAUCAUCUCUCAGUUGGACACAAUGGUGCCUCUUGUGUUUCUGGUGGUAGCCACAACAACAUCCAAUUCGACAAGCAAUGGCAACCAAACAAAAGAAGAUGUUACAUCCUCCAACCACCACAUCCUUCCCACUGUGCUGGUCGUGCUCUUGCUGCUGAUCAUCAUUGCACUGCUGGUCUGGUAUUUCCUCAGGUUAAAAAACCAAAGGAAAGUAGUUGUCACAGCAGUUGACAAGAAAGUACCAAAUGGCAUCUCGGAGGAACAAGAGACUGGAGACAGUCCAGAGUCGUUAUGCAUCACUAUACCAAAAGAACAACAAACGGUGGUCCUUCUGCCAAGAUCCCAAUCAUCCUCAAAGACCUACACCCCCAUCCCAGUUGAGCAACUCGAGGAAGAGUACAGACUCCGUUCAGCUGAUGAUGGAAAACUCUUCAGGGAGGAGUACAUUUCGUUACCGUCAGGUAGUGUCCAAGGGACAUAUGAGGAAGCCAACAAGAAUGAAAACAAGGAGAAAAACCGAUACCCCAACAUCCUUCCCUAUGAUAAUUCCAGAGUGGUGCUGAGUCAACUGGAUGGAAACCCCUGUUCAGACUAUGUGAAUGCCUCUUUUGUUGAUGGUUACACUGAAAAAAACAAAUUCAUAGCUGCACAAGGUCCAAAGGAAGACACCGUUGCCGAUUUCUGGAGGAUGGUUUGGGAGCAGAAGGUGGCAACUGUUGUCAUGCUGACAAAUUUAAAAGAAAGAAAAGAGGACAAGUGUUACCAAUACUGGCCAGAUCAGGGGUGUUGGACUUAUGGGAAUGUGAGGGUGGCCGUUGAAGACUUCACUGUCCUGGUGGACUACACCAUUCGAAAGUUCUGUGUACAAUAUCAAGCCAGCGAGGCCGCUAAGACUCCGCGUCUGGUCACUCAGCUUCACUUUACCAGCUGGCCGGACUUCGGUGUUCCUUUCUCCCCCAUCGGCAUGCUAAAGUUCCUCAAAAAGGUCAAGGCAGUGAAUCCGCCCUUUUCUGGGCCUAUUGUGGUCCAUUGCAGCGCCGGUGUUGGGAGAACAGGAACCUUUAUUGUCAUAGAUGCAAUGAUUGACAUGAUGCACGCCGAGCAGAAAGUCGACGUGUUUGGCUUCGUUUCUAGGAUACGAGAGCAGCGGUCGCAGCUCAUCCAGACAGAUAUGCAGUACUCAUUUGUCUACCAGGCCCUGCUUGAAUACUACCUCUAUGGAGACACAGAGUUGGACGUGUCCACUCUAGAAGGACAUCUGCACAAACUGCACAACACCUUUGCAGACGGUGACCGGGUCGGCCUGGAGGAAGAAUUUAAAAAACUGACCAACAUGCGAAUAAUGAAGGAGAACAUGAGAACGGGGAAUCUCCCUGCCAACAUGAAGAAGAACCGAGUUCUUCAAAUAAUUCCGUAUGACUUCAAUAGAGUUAUACUCUCAAUGAGACGAGGUCAGGAGUUCACAGAUUAUAUCAAUGCAUCAUUUAUAGAUGGAUACAGACAGAAGGACUACUUCAUCGCCACACAGGGCCCUCUGUCUCACACUGUGGAGGACUUUUGGAGGAUGGUGUGGGAGUGGAAAUGUCACUCCAUUGUCAUGCUCACUGAGCUCCAGGAGAGGGAGCAGGACAAAUGUUUCCAGUACUGGCCCACAGAUGACUCGGUCACCUAUGGAAAUUACAUUGUGGAGCUGAAGGGAGACACUCUGUGUGAAACCUUUAGCCUACGAGACCUGGUACUCACCUUUGUUCCGGAGAAGCAGACGAGGACGAUCAGGCACUUUCAUUUCCAUGGGUGGCCAGAGGUCGGCAUCCCUGCCGAGGGGAAAGGCAUGAUUGACAUCAUCGCCUCCGUGCAGAAACAGCAACAGCAGUCUGGGAACCAUCCCAUUGUCGUACACUGCAGUGCGGGUGCAGGGCGAACAGGUACGUUCAUUGCACUGAGUAAUAUCUUGGAACGAGUCAAAGCAGAAGGCCUGAUGGACGUGUUUCAGACUGUGAAGAGUUUACGCAUGCAGAGACCUCAUAUGGUCCAAACUGUGGAGCAAUAUGAUUUCUGCUACAGGGUGGUACAAGACUUUGUUGACAUUUUUUCAGACUAUGCCAAUUUUAAAUGAGAUUUGCCUUAAAAGAUCUUUUUAAAUGUUCUUUUCUAAAGCAGUUUUGUCCGUCUUCUUUGUGGCUCUUUAACUUGGCCAAAUGAUCUUCUAUUUUGCUAUGCACUUGUCCAACCAUUAACUCCAGCUACAGUAUAUAAGAUGAUGAAGAAAAAAAGUUAAAAUAAUAAUGUAUAUGUUACCAAAUGUAUAUUAAAUGCCCAUGUCACAAUGUGUUACAGUUUGUCUCUAAUUUUACUUUUAUUGUAUAUGUUGUAUCUUAAAUGUUUAUCUAAGUGUUAUUUUGGAGUGACAACAUAUUUUUAAAAGUUGUAGGUAUUGUAAAUGUAUUUAUGUAUUGACAGUGACAUUCCUCUCUUGCUUGCAAAAUAUUAUAUUAAGGUUAAGAUUUUUAUUUCUCAUUUGUAAAAAAGAAAAAAACCUAAAAAAAAAAACUCUUGCUCUUUUGAUUGCUUCUGACAUUAAAGGAGACACUGAGGCUUAAUUCUUUGUUCACGUUUAUCAAGAAUCAAGCCCAACAUGAAUGUGAUGCUCUAACAGAAAACUUGUCAGAGUUAUUUAAUAAUUUCAAGCAUAAUGUGUUUGUGAAUUAAACAUUAAAGACUGAGUUGAGUUUUGGACAACAGGUUCAGGCAGAUGUCUGUUCAAUGUUCAGAAACAGAGAUGAAAGCCCAUUAAAUCAACUUUAUAAGAUGCAUUUGUAAGAAAAACAUUCAACAUUGAGAUGUUAGGACUAAAAUCUACCUUUUUUCUGUAGACAGCAGGAUGUAUUUUUGCUAAAAAUGACUGUACACCCAAAAGCACAUCACAGAGACCUUUUAUGCUAAAGAGAACCUUUUUACUGGUUUGGUCGUAAUAGAGAUUUUUCACAAAUUUGUAUAAUUUUCUUAGUUGUUAAAUCCUGGAAUGAUAAGUUUGAAGCAGAGAGAAAGGCCUACAAAAGUGAUUUUGAAAGCCACAUCACAUAAUUAUGGUGUCUUAGUGCCUGCUUUGAGCCAGAAAAACAACAAUAGAACAAAUGUUCUCCUUAUUCCUAAUAUUUUUAAAAACUAAGGUUUGUUUUUUUCCAUUCUGUUGAUAAAAAUCAAGAAAAUACUUAUUUUGGAAAGUAUUUGAAUGUUUAACAUAAUUUAUGUGUAUUUCUUUAUAGUUAAUGACUCCAUCUGGUACUCAUAUUAAAUUAUUUUUCAUUUUUGGCUGUAUGUAAAUGCUACAUGACAAAGUGCUAACCUGAAAGUUGCUAUUCAGCAGGAAGCUGAAAUGAUCAUUUCUGGUCUUUUAGUUACUUGUACAUUAAGUAUUUGUGAGGGAUGUGACUUGCAUUAAGCAGACUAUCUUAAGACUUUUUCACUGGACUUAUUUUCUGUCUAUGUGGUAAAUUUCUGAAUAGUGAUGAAGGUCUGUUCCAACCGCAGCUCAUUGCCUUUGCUUUCUCUGUGGGUGGUCUAUCCAUUUUUAGACGCUGUCUUUAAAAUGCGAGUUGCAAUAUUAAAUUGACCUAAAAAUGC